ACAGCCGGUGUGGAUUCAGCCAGUGAGCGCGUGCUGCGGACUGCCCAGUCUCUGCCUGUCUUCCUCCUUCUCUCAUUCUGCCGAGCCUCUGUCGCUGCAGCCUGCUCUGUCUGACUCACCCCUCCAUCUUCACUUGUCUGCAAACAUGGCCGAGGUUUUUGUGGGAACGUGGAACUUGAAGGAGAGCGAGAAGUUCGACGAGUACAUGAAGGCGUUGGGGGUGGGAUUUGCCACGCGCACAGUGGGGAACAUGACCAAACCCACCACCAUCAUCUCCUUGGACGGUGAUAAAAUGACGGUAAAGACCCAGAGCACCAUCAAGAACACAGAGCUGUCUUUCAAGCUGGGGGAGGAGUUUGACGAGACUACUGCAGAUGACAGGAAGGUUAAGUCCGUUGUGUCAAUAGAAGAUGGGAAGCUGGUUCACGUGCAGAAGUGGGACGGCAAAGAGACCAGUUUGGUCCGGGAAGUCAACGGAAACAACCUCACACUGACGCUCACGCUCGGAGACGUAGUUUGCACACGCCGCUACGAGAAGGCAGAGUGAACCCUGUUCCCCGGGCACCUACAGAAGCACUCGCAUCCGCCCCAAAAGCUCCCUUCUGCCACUUCAAAGGCCAAAAAAAAAAAAACCGCCCCACACUAGAAUGGCUGCUCGUUUUUUUUCUUACUGUACGCUCAGUAUUAACUGCUGACUGUGACGUCCCCGUUCUGUUUUAUUAUUCCUUUUACUCUAAGAACCACUGAAUAAAUUCCAAUGGGUUCAUUUUUGUUGUUUUUCCUCAAUAAAUCAUUUGAGAAUGGUGCAUAAAUACCUUUGGAAAGUGUUAAAAUUUGAAUACUACUAAAUAAAAGUAUCCAAAACUGA